AUGCUCCCCCCAAGUGAACGUCUCCGCCUGGCAGUUAAGGACGGUAAUGUGGCCGUGGUGACGCGCCUUCUUACCCGCUUUCCUCACCUAUGGCUUAAUGCAGACAGUGAAGGCAAAAGCAAUCUCCAUCAUGCUCUGUAUAAUGGAAAGUAUCUCGUUUGCUUCCAUCUCAUUUCUCACAAACCAGGCGAUUUCUCCAAUAACUCGAUUGAUCUACUCACAUUCCAACUGGAAUCAGUGCUACACAUGCCUAUUGCCCUACACCACUCGCAAACACUUCACUAUCUACUCCAGGAGUUUCCAGGUAAAUUGUGGCUCAACCAUAAAGGAGGCCCUGAUUUGCAAACUCCUCUUCAUUACUGCUGCCGCUAUGGGUUCGUAUAUGGAAUGCAGCUCCUUCUAGAGUUUGGUGCUAGCUAUUGGGAUACAGAUACCAACGGCAAUACCUGCUUGCACCUCUGCUUUGCUCAUGGUCAAUUGCGGUGCAUACAGAUUCUAAUGGAACAUAUAAUGGGUCACAAGGGCAUUGAAGCGUUCGAAAUGCUAGAGAAUUCAAGAAACAAAAAAGGUUGGCUCGCAAGUGAGUUUGCUAUUUCCACUGAUUUCUCACACAGCUACUCCAAGAUAAAAAGUAUGGUGGCUUCGCGACUGGUUUCUAUACCACAAUACCCUGAAGCCUCGUUCCCUCUCAGCUCACCCAUCGUAUUGGACCUGUCGCCAUUCAUGAGCUCGGCUUCGAAUUCCAAAACUAACUCAAACACCUCUUUACCGUCGACUGCAGUUCCACGCGGCCGACCUCACGCACAGUCGCUUUCCAUCAAUACCUCGCCCACGUCUCCUAUCAUACGCAAGGCAAGGUCUUCCUCAACAAUACAACUGCUGCCCGACUGGAGUCCGACGGUGUCCUCUAUUUCUUUCCGAAGAGCACGGCCACAAUAA